AUGCACGAUUUCGAAGACCGCAUCGAUGAAAUCACAGAUCAACUGAUCCAAGCCGCUGAGAAUGUUGGAUUUUUCACCCUGACCGGUCAUGGAAUCUCCGAGGAACAAAUUGACUCCAUGUUUGCGAUAUCAAGAACUUUCUUCGAUCUACCGGACAGCGUCAAAGCAACUGUACCGUGGAAUCCAAACAAUGUCGGGUGGGAAAAGAACUCACAAAUUCGACCGUCUACUGGAAAGCCCGACAGUAAAGAGUCUUACCAGUUGCAGUUCGGUGAGAAUAUGAAUGACCUCUGGGUCAAGAACGACGACCUACCUGGUUUCCGGACCGCCUCUCUCGAUUUUAUGAAUCGCGUCCAACAAGUAUCGGAAUGUUUGAUGCGAUGCUUUGCGCGGGGCCUGGGGUUCCCGGAGAGAUUCUUCAUCGAAUGUCAUGACAUUUCACGACCGAACUCGCAAACCACUAUGCGUCUACUCCAUUACUUUGCAUUGCCAGAAGUUUCCGACGGCAAGGUGUAUCAUCGCGCAGGGGCACAUGCCGAUUGGGACUUUUUGACUUUACUUUUCCAAAGGGACGGUCAGGAUGGGCUAGAAAUCUGUCCCGGUCGCGAGGUAGUGACAGAGUUCGGUAUCGGGGACGGAUGGACCAAGGUGAAGGCCAGGACUGGCCGGAUAGUGUGCAACAUUGGUGAUUUACUCAUGUCCUGGUCGGAUGACCGGUUCAAGUCAACUUUUCAUCGCGUCAAGGCCCCGUGUGAGCCCGGGGACUAUUUUGGCGACCGAUACAGCAUUGCUUAUUUUAACCAGCCCUGUAAGGAUUCUUUGAUCCAGGGGCCCUCGAAGAAGUAUCCGAUGGUGACUGGGGCUCAGUUUACCGACACCGCUAUGAAACGGAACUUUGCUGCUUUGCAGGAGAAGUUAACGACGGUCGCAGCGGCCUAA